CAUAAUCGGUGGCAUCGUUUUGAGAAAAAUAAACUACGAAGCCAAAGACGGAAAACUCGUUCGAAGAAUACCGGGUUUUCAAUCGUAGAAUCAUUUCGGACAGAUAUCGCACGGUAGAUAUAAUCUGUGCGACUAGUGAAAGAUGAGUGAGGAUGAAAGAACACUUUGGUGCGGUAAUUUGAGUGAAAAAGUUACAGAAGAGUUGCUGUAUGAGUUGUGUUUGCAGGCGGGUCCGGUGGAAAAUGUGAAGAUUCCACGCGACAGUGAACGUCGGCAACGAUCCUAUGGAUUCGUCACAUAUGUCCACGCAUGUAGCGUCGAGUAUGCUAUCAAACUGUUCGAGGGGACUUCGCUGUUUCAGCGAAAGUUGACGCUUCACAAGAAGCAACGGAACGGUCCGAAUCCUGCCGCUUCGCCCCAGAUAAACUUCAAUGCGUCAUCGAACAGUAAUCGUUCGCAACUAUCGGACUCAUUUGGCAAUACCUCAAUGGGGAGCGAAUUGGACGUUUCGGGCAUGAUGAUGUUUGCACCGAACCCAGUAGGUCUUGCCCAUGAGCAAGCAUUUGCGAUGGCCAUGAACGGUAUGUUGGCCCAGAUGGGUAACCAAAUGCUCGGUGCCUGCCUACCGGCCUACGAUGAUGGAAACCAGCAGGGCUCCUAUCGUUCCAAGAUGCGAAGGAACGAUCGUGAUCGCAGCGAUACGUACGAUCGGUAUAACGAAAGGCCCUACGAUCGCCAUAGUCACGGCCACAAACCCUAUUCCCGUGAUGACCGUGAUCACUAUCAGCGAACGCACGAUGAGCGUCGACGGCAUUCAGACCCCGAUCGUGAUCGUCACCGCGAUCGCCGUAGGCGAAGGUAGUCCUUAGCACGUACGUUACUACAAUUUUACUACUGACUAGGCCAUCCGUUUCCGGUUGGGUACAUGAGUGUAAAUAAAACUGAUGCU